AUGGAUGCGACACGCCACUUAACUCCUCAGCUUCGGCGGUACCAAGAACGAUGCAACCUCGACGGAGCUGGGAGGCCUGAAGAGAUUCCCAAUACUGCAAAACUCGAGGCGUUCACGCACAAGCUCCGCGAUGCCGAGAAGCCAGUCACGUGCAUAUACAUCGUCCACUUCCUGAAGCGGAACCAGAAAGAGUGGCUCCACAACCAUUUUACCACCAAAACUGUGGGUAUCAGUCCCAUUUGA